AUGUCGGACAUAAACCAGGCUGGUCGCCCACCGGCCAUGAAACCAUUUUCCUACACGUCCCACACGGCCCAGGGACAGAGACCACACAGACGGACCGGUUCGAACUCGUCAGCAUCCUCUGCCGCAUCGGCCGCCAGCGCCAAAAGCCACGAGCAGUUCGUCUUCUCGCCCCACCAGACUCCUGCCUCUGAGAAGGAGCCGUUCUUCUCGCACCAGGAGUACUCGGGCUCCCAGUACCCUCAGACACACACGGCAUGGCGGGUCUGGCACCGGCAGGCUAUGGCGAAGUUUCACUCUCCUGUGGUCGCACGCGUGCCAGCGGCAUCACAUGAAGAUCACCACCACCGCACCAAUGCAGUCAGGGUCCUGAGCUAUGUGCUGGCCAUAUCUUCGUCACAAUACAACGGCGAUUCAGGAUAUUUCUUCUCGCCCUUCUCACAACACAUCAACUUCACACUUCUCCGAAUCGACGAAUUCCAGCACUCCACAAAGCAGACCUAUUGUAAUCGAAUUACCUUCCUCUGUGUCGAAAAGGACCAAGACCAGCUCUACCUACACACCAAUUCCGCCACUUUCUGCGCGAGCGGCUACUUUCCUUUCCACGAAGAUCCCGAAGAGCGCAUCCACCGACCCCAUCCAUUCCACACCGCUGAAAAAGAGGCGCGACGAGACUGCGACGUCGAGAGCCUUGCACGAAGCUUUCAAGGCACCAAAAUUGAUCCUCCGUUGCCUGUCCCAGAUCGUCGUGCUUCCAUACCGUCGGCCCCUUUCUCCGCACCACCUGGGGAGUAUCCUAUGCUGCAUGCUGUCGAGAUGCCUUCGUCGCGGAGCCACACACCUGUCACCUCAUACGUCCCGAGCGGAUUGCACGAGGCGCCCAUGCCUGUCGGCAAAUACUAUCCUUCGAAUUACGAGCAGCGACAGAAGAAGUCCCAUCACACGUCAAGAAGUGAUAUGCGACCGAUCUCUGCCGGCGGUCCUUCGUCCGUGAAGUCCGACACUGUUGUGCCACAGCUCAAUAGAACAGACGCACGUGGGCGUCCCGACUCGGAGGCCAAGACUCGGUUAUUGCAGUACCAGCGCGAUAUGAUCACACAAGCGCAGCUCGCCAAACAGCGCUUGGAAGACGGAGGUUCCUCCACAAACUUGGCCGCGGCGGGUCUUCAUGGUGCCUCUCUGCACAAGUUACAGAAGAUCAACUCACGAGGGCCCAGAUCGCCACGGCUGCAGCCGCUUGGAAGCCCCGGACCGGUGACACCCCUGGCUUUAGAAGGGGCUGAUGGGUACCUUUCGGCUCGGAGUAGGGCCAGUCCUCGAGACAGGCCAAGGCCAGUGCUGAGUCCGGAUGCGGGAAGAGAGAGUCACGCAAUCGCGAAGGCAAUGAAGGCCCAUGACGAGCGGAGACGCAGGGAGGGCCGGGGGUCACCAGCUGUCGAGGCUGGUGGAUUUGGAUUUUGA